UGCUGCUGCCAGACGACUGGCUCUCGCCGCGCGUCAGCUCUCUGCUAGUGCAUCUCGUUCUUUAUCCACUAUGUCAUCCCCUUACACACCACGCAACGUUGGUGCUGCGAACACUCUUGAACACCGCGUCUACCUCCAACAAAACGGCAACAUCAUCUCAUCCUUCCACGACAUCCCGCUUUUCGCGGACCAAGAUAAUGGCAUCUUGAACAUGAUCGUCGAAGUCCCGCGCUGGACGAACGCCAAGAUGGAGAUAUCCAAGGAAGAAGCUUUUAAUCCUAUCAAGCAGGACGUUAAGCGUGGUAAGUUGCGUUAUGUGCGCAACUGUUUCCCUCAUCAUGGGUAUAUCUGGAAUUAUGGCGCGUUCCCUCAGACUUGGGAAGACCCGGCGAUUAUGCAUCCUGAGACCAAGGCGAAGGGUGACAAUGACCCUCUUGACGUCUGCGAAAUUGGCGAACAGGUUGGCUACGUCGGACAGGUUAAGCAAGUUAAAGUUCUUGGCAUCAUGGCGCUUCUCGACGAAGGCGAGACGGAUUGGAAGGUCCUCGUUGUGGACGUUCAAGAUCCAUUGGCUCCCAAGUUGAACGACAUUGAAGACGUCGAGAGACAUCUUCCGGGUUUGAUUAGGGCUACUAACGAGUGGUUCAGGAUCUACAAGAUUCCCGACGGCAAGCCGGAAAACGCAUUCGCAUUCUCCGGAGAGGCGAAGAACAAGAAGUACGCCACGGAAAUCAUCCAUGAAUGUCAUGAAGCGUGGCGUCGCCUUAUAACGGGAGAGAGCCCUGCAACAACAGCCUCUUACGAACUCUCCAUUUCGAACCUUACUCAGGAGAACUCGCCAGGCGUGAUCAGGAUGAACGAUCCUGGAUACCUCGCUCUGCCUGCUGAGAGACGUGAGCCACCUGCUCCAAUCGACCCAUCCAUUAACAAAUGGUUCUACAUUUCAUCCGCUCAAGUUUGAAGAGCCAAAGGCCUCCUGCAGGACAACAGGACCUUGGAACAACACGUCACACUCAAAAAGCUACUUUUUACUUAGGUCAUAAAGCUAUAGGAAUGGAUGUUGUUUCGUCCACUAUGUUUAAGAAAUAAAACAACGUGAAAUUGCGAAUGAG